AUGGAUUCUUCAACACAAACUUUCCAGCACCGACCCAUUUCGUUCAAAUUAUGGCCUGCUACUCAGAGCACCAGGAUUUUGCUUGUAGAACGGAUGACUAAGAAUUUCUUAACUCCAUCUAUCUUUUCUAGAAAGUAUGGCCUGCUCAGUAAAGAAGAGGCCGAGGAGGAUGCCAAGAAAAUUGAAGCCAUAGCCUUUGCAGCUGCAGAGCAACAAUUUGAGAAGGAACCAUAUGGUGAUGGGAGUUCUGCAGUGCAGGUAUAUGCCCGAGAAUCAAGUAAGCUUAUGAUGGAAGUUCUGAAAAGAGGCCCCAAAGCAAAGGAAGAUGAUGAGAAAUCUAUCUCUGUUGUUGAAAGUGUCUUUGAUAUCUCUGGUGGUCGCAGAUCUUUUAUUGAUGCAGAGGAGGCUGAGGAGCUUUUCAAACCACUAAGGGAGCAUGGAAACUCCUAUACUAAGAUAUGUUUGAGCAAUAGAAGCUUUGGUUUGGAUGCAGCUAAUGUUGCUGUGCCAAUCCUAUCAUCCAUCAAACAUCAAUUGAAAGAAGUGGAUCUUUCAGAUUUUAUUGCAGGAAGGUCAGAGACAGAAGCAAUUGAAGUCAUGAAUCUGUUUUCUUCAGCCCUGGAAGGGUGUGUAUUGAGAUAUCUGAACCUUUCAGACAAUGCCAUGGGCGAGAAGGGUGUAAACUCAUUUGAGUCACUCCUGAGAUCACAAAGUAAACUGGAGGAACUGUAUUUGAUGAAUGAUGGUAUUUCAGAAGAAGCUGCAAGAGCAGUUUCUAAGUUCAUUCCAUCCACGGAGAAGCUUAGAGUCCUUCAUUUUCACAAUAAUAUGACAGGAGAUGAAGGGGCAAUGGCCAUCUCUGAUAUAGUGAAGCGUUCACCUGUCUUGGAGGAUUUCCGUUGCUCAUCUACAAGGGUGGGCUCUGAAGGUGGUGUAGCUUUAGCUGAAGCACUUGGGACUUGCACACAUUUGAAGAAGCUUGAUUUGCGUGAUAACAUGUUUGGUGUAGAAUCUGGGGUUGCUUUGAGUAAAGUCAUAUCUGCUUUUACAGAUCUUACUGAAGUUUACCUCAGUUAUCUUAACUUGGAAGAUGAAGGAACAGAAGCCCUUGUCAAUGCUCUCAAGGAUUCUGCACCUUCACUUGAAGUUCUGGAACUGGCUGGAAAUGAUAUUACUCCCAAAUCAACUGCUGCUUUGGCUUCCUGUAUAGGAGCAAAACAAUUCCUUACCAGGUUAAUCUUGUCAGAGAAUGAACUGAAGGAUGAAGGUGCAAUUCUGAUCAGCAAAGCAUUUGCAGAGGGUCAUGAUCAAUUAACUGAGGUUGAUUUGAGCUCUAAUUCAAUUAGAAGGGCCGGGGCAAGACUUUUGGCUCAGGCUGUUGUGAACAAACCUGGGUUCAAGUUGCUGAACAUAAAUGGUAAUUUUAUAUCUGAUGAAGGGAUUGAUGAGGUAGUGGAUAUGUUUAAGAAUUCCCCACAUCUGCUCGGGCCUUUGGAUGAGAAUGACCCUGAAGGAGAAGAUAUUGAUGAGGAGGAUGAAGAUGAAGGUGCUGAUAAUGAGGAUGAUUUGGAAUUAAGGCUCAAGGGCCUUGAAAUAAAGCAAGAGGAAUAAAGUUACCGAGUCAAGCAGUUUGCUGUCUUUGGUUAA